AUGAACAACAUCAACAUCGUGUGCCUGGGUGGCGCGAGCGAAGUGGGGCGUUCGUGCGUCAUUAUAGAAAGUGCAAACAGGUCAAUCAUGUUGGACUGUGGAAUUCAUCCGGCGUUUAUGGGCAUCGGCUGUUUGCCCAUCUACGACGCGUACGACAUUUCGAAGGUGGAUUUGUGUUUAAUAACCCAUUUUCACAUGGACCACAGUGGUGCCUUGCCCUACCUGGUUAAUAGAACCCGUUUUAAAGGAAAGGUAUACAUGACGGAGGCGACGAAAAGUAUCUGCUAUUUACUGUGGAAUGACUAUGCGCGAAUUGAAAAAUGCAUGCACAUGAUGAAUAAGAUGAAAGGAAGUAGAAAUAAAAAUGAGCCGGGUGAAAAUGAAGCGGACGAGUAUGGCAACAAAGGGAAAAGGGGAGGGCCAUCCUACUCCAGUGAUGAGUUUGGAAGUGAAGACAAUGAUGAUGAUUAUUACCAAAGUUACAUUUGCGAAAUGGGAGAUGGAGAUAUAAAGCAUAAUGUACUGUAUGACGAAAAUGAUAUAAAUGAAGCCAUGAAAAUGAUAGAAACGUUAAAUUUUCAUGAGCACAUAGAAUUUGAGGAUGUAAAAUUUACAGCCUAUAGAGCAGGACACGUCAUCGGUGCGUGUAUGUUCUUAGUGGAAAUAAAUAACAUACGUUUUUUAUACACAGGGGAUUAUAGCAGGGAGGUCGAUAGGCACAUCCCCAUAGCGGAGAUCCCCGCCAUCGAUGUCCACGUGCUAAUUUGUGAAGGAACAUAUGGAAUUAAAGUGCAUGACGAUAGGAAAAAAAGGGAAGUCCGUUUCCUCAAUAUGAUUACGAGUAUAUUAAAUAAUAAAGGGAAGGUCUUGCUCCCGGUGUUUGCUUUAGGAAGGGCUCAAGAGUUGCUACUAAUUAUGGAGGAACACUGGGAAAGAAACCCCCAGUUGCAGAAGAUCCCCAUCUUUUACAUUUCGUCCAUGGCUACCAAGUCGCUGUGUAUAUAUGAGACCUUCAUAAAUCUGUGUGGCGAUUUUGUACGCCAUGUACUUAAUGAAGGGAAAAAUCCUUUUAAUUUUAAAUUUGUAAAGUAUGCGAAAUCGUUGGACUCCAUUUUGAAUUAUUUAUACCAAGAUAAUAACCCCUGUGUUGUUAUGGCUUCUCCUGGUAUGCUACAAAAUGGAAUUUCGAAAAAUAUUUUUAACAUCAUUGCACCUGAUAAGAAAAGUGGAGUUAUCCUUACUGGGUAUACCGUCAAGGGGACUUUGGCUGAUGAGCUAAAAACUGAACCGGAGUAUGUCCUCAUUAACGACAAGCCUGUGAAGAGGAGGUGCCGCUUCGAGGAAAUCUCCUUCAGUGCUCACUCGGAUUUUAAUCAAACCAAAACGUUUAUUGAAAUGUUGAAGUGCCCAAAUGUGGUUCUUGUGCAUGGGGAUAGGAACGAAUUGAACAGACUGAAAAAUAAGCUUACUGAGGAGAAGAAGUACCUGUCUGUUUUUACGCCCGAGUUGCUGCAGAGGYUGACUUUUCGCUUUGAGCACAGUGACCAUGUGGUGUCGCUGGGCCGGCUUUCCCACCAGAUUAGGUGUCUCGCUCGGAGGGGGGAAGGCUCACAAGGGGGAGAAGCGGGCGCGGGGGGUGCAGCAGGCACAGCAGGCACAGCWGGCACAGCAGGCGCWGCAGGCGCAGCGGAUGAUGGAACAAAUGCGGAGAAAAAAGAUGAACAGUCGGGGGGACAACCCCCCCACGAGGGACGCACCGACCAGGAGAAUGCAAAACGGAGCGACAGAAAUGGAGAGGAGAAAACCUUUCCCAACGGAGUGGAUGCCAUAAUCAUCUCGGAGCCGAAGGCCGUCCCGGUCAUGAUUUACGCCAAGGAUAUUUAUGAGUACACGAAUUUGAAGACUGCGCUGAUUGACCAGACGAUCAGCAUAAAAUUCCCGUACAAGUUCGAGCUGCUGUACCAUAUGUUGAGGGGGGUGUACGAGGAAACGCACAUGGAGGGGGACGUGAAAAUCCAGCACUGCAGCGCGGAGCAGGUCAUAAGGAUUAACUGGCUCUCAAGCCCAGUGAACGACCUAGUGGCGGACAGCGUCAAUUUUCUAAUUCUAGAAUUUCUCGACACCAUGAAGAGUGACAGCCACCUGCCCAUCUGCAACGAAGUGACGGAUGAUGAGAUCUAUCAAAUGAUCAUUUCGUACGUGCAGGAAAAUUAUACCAACGUGGAGAGGUUCUCCAAAGUGGAGCUGAAAAGGUUCCUUUUGCAGAAUGGCAAUAGAGAUGGAAUGGCUAGUUUGGAGCAUGACCAAUCGCACUCAUCUGACAAGGUGAACCGAAUGGAAGAAGAGGAGGAUGUACACGAGGACCGUGAUGGGCAAAGCGGGCACAGAGACAAAAUGAAGAAUUUCCGCUCCCUUGAUAAAAUAUUAUUUGACUACAUCGCGGCAGAUGCCAGUUUAGCAGUGUCCGCUGAUGAGGAGGAACCCGUGGUGCGUAUUCUCAAUGGCGGGGUUCUUUAUGAAAUACUAAAGUUUGAGGUGAAGGGUACUGGAUCCGAGCUCGGUACCAAGCUUAACUAG